AUGCCUACCGCGAAGCGUCUGAAAGGCACUGGUGUUGGUGCCGUCACAGCCGGAAGACCGAGUGAAUCAGUUCCCGUCGUUGAACCCGACCGUCCAACGCCCGCCGAAGUCGAAGGCGAGGAGCAUCAAUUCGUCCAGCUUGCCAGAAAGAACUGGUUGAAGCUAGGCAACAAGCCACCCAAAGUCAAGAACGAUGUUCUAAAGCAAGGGGUCUGGAGCGUGCUUGAGCAGGAUGGGUUUUCGUACAGGCUUCUUCUGCUCCUGGAAAGUCUGCAGAUCUUGGAGAGCUACCUAUGGCCGGGCUACACGGACGAGGCUUCCAAUUUCCAUGUGCUUCUCAUAGCACUAAUAGCCAACGUGAAGCGUCGCGAGCAUCUGGAAACAUGGAAUUUGUUCGUAGGUCGUCUGGAGGAUUUUUCCUCCAUGUUUCGACGAAUACUUUCCUUGACCCUCGAUCGCACGCUGCCCACUGUUAUAAGAACUCAACUUGUUUGUUUCUUGAUACAUGCUUUCCAGAGCCUCGAUUGCGCCAUUGUAAGAAAGGAAUGCGCCCCUCUCGUAUCCAUAGGACUUUGGCAAAACUUGUGCAGCGAAAAGCUACGCGAAGGCCUGCUGGAUCAGAAUCCUCAACUUCGAAAGACCUGGAGAGCUUCUCAAAGACGGUUCGAUGCAGCCGACGACAGCGUCAAGGCUCGUCUACGUUUCGACAGAUCAUGGCUAUACUCAAUGCUCCUUGACUUCUUGAACAUGUUGCAGGACAGCAAAAUCCCGGGCUGUGUUCUAUACUGCGAGAGAUUCACUGAGUUUCUCUCUGAUCUUCAAAGUCAGCUUCCCACGCGGCGAUAUGUCAAUACUCUAAUCCAAGACUUGAACGUUUUGCCGGUGAUGAAACGCUCGCCAGUGUACAACGACGAGGACAAUUCGCUGUUGAGAGACCUGCACGCGCUUCUCUCCCAUUACACGUAUUUCGCAAUCGAUGAUCAGACGGGUAUCCAGCUGACUGCCACCGAAGUCUACGACAAGCAUUGCGCAGCUCUCGGAAGACUGCAACGCGUUGCGCUGAAGCACUUCAAAGACAAGCUGCUAAUCUUGGCACUUUCCAACUACGGCGGGAUUGAAAAACGGGAUGACCUUGAAAGUCUCCUCGAGCCGUUGACCGGCGAGGAAUUAUCCCAGCUUUUCCAUCUUCUCAACAUUCGAUCCACCUAUCCAGAGUGUCCCUCUCUCCCAAUUGAUCGAAAAUUGCUCACGGAAAUAUUGCUCCACAGGUAUGAGCGAAAAAAGUCUUUCCGAGACACUGCUCGAUACAUGCCUCUAUUACCAACAGAGAGGUCCCUGUUUGAUACCGGGUUUCAAAGAGCCGAUUCUUACGAUGGCUCACGUCCCUUGGCCCUCCCCAAGUUGAAUCUACAAUACUUGUCUUGUGGGGACUUCCUGCUGAGAGCCAUGAUACUCUAUCGUUGCGAGGCCUUCUACGGCAUCCGGAAAGAUGUGGAAGCUGCGCUGCGGCGUCUCCGACCAGAGUCGAACCAAUCUGGAGUUACGAAUUUUGCAGGAUUCUCUAAAAUGGCGCUUCCCAUCUCGAAGCCGUCCAUCUUGGAAGUCAUGCCGCCGCUAGUAGGCGAAGAUCUGCCAUCAAUGGUCAGAGCUGAAAUUUCCAUCGAUGUUAGACGGCUAGGACCAAAUGUCAUGAGAGAAUGGGAUAGUCUACGGCCUGACGAUGUUGUUUUCCUACUGGCGAUUCAGCCCCCUCCGACUCAGCCACCUGUAAAUGACGGGGGAGUCCGCCCCGAGUAUGAGAAGCUUGGUAUCUCGUCCAUACGGGCGGCUGAGAUACUUCUAAUCACCGACGAAAAAGGCCGCCACGUGAGGGACGGGUCCAUGCAUCUUGACAGCAAGCGCCGGAUAACUGUUAAGCUGGAUCCAUACAUGUAUAGCCGAGAUACAGAGCGCUCAGCAGCGGCAAAACCGGGCGUUUACGAUCAGAUGAAUUUACUGUUGAGACGGGGGCGAAGAGAGAACAACUUCAAGCAUAUUUUGGAAUCUAUUCGGAAACCUGCACUGUCAGAAACGCCCCUCCCCUCCUGGCUCCAUGAAGUCUUCCUCGGUUAUGGUGAUCCUGCUGGAGCAAAUUACAACAAUCUAUCUCACAGAGUCAGGAGGCUCGACUAUCGGGACACCUUUCUUGAUUGGCAACAUCUAGUUGAAAGCUUACCCGGUAAAACAGUUGACCCUGGUGAUGACGUCGCGGGCAGCUUCGGCCCUCCGUACGUCCUAGAGGAAGUAGAGGAUGACUCCAAGGGAGACGAACACAAUGUCGGCCAGGUGUCGAAAAAACGGAGGCGCGGUGCGGAACCGACAACAAAAUCCGAAGUCACCUCUCUCAAGGUUUCUACGUAUGAGCCGCCCAACAAUGGGCCGUACCCGUCAGAUGCGCCCAAGGAAAACUCUGUACGAUUCACGCCUGCUCAGGUAGAGGCCAUCAUGUCUGGAUCACAGCCCGGGCUAACAGUAAUUGUUGGUCCUCCGGGUACUGGAAAGACGGAUGUGGCGACUCAAAUAAUAAACAACAUCUACCACAACUUUCCGCACGAGAAGACACUGCUGCUCGCGCAUAGCAAUCAGGCUCUUAACCAACUGUUCGCGAAAAUUAUAGCUCUAGACAUCGACCACAGACAUCUAUUGCGUCUCGGGCAUGGAGAGGACGACUUGGACGCCGAAGGAAGCUUCGGUAAGCACGGGCGCGUCGAGUCUUUCCUCGACAACCGACAGAAACUUCUACAAGAGGUUAGGAAAUUGGCGGUAAGCCUAGGUGCACCCGGCGCCCAUGAUAACUCAGCAGAGACGGCCGGUUACUUCAACAAGGUGUAUGUGGAACCGGCUUGGCAACGGUUUGAAAAUGUUGUUGCCUCGGCCGAGACUUCCACCGCUGAAGCAGUCAAGGCUUUUCCCUUUUACGAAUAUUUUGCGGACGCACCUCAGCCGUUGUUCCCCGAGGGUUGUAACAGGGAUGAAGCGGUGAAGAUCGCAAACGGCUGUUACCGCCACAUUUCCAAAAUCUUCUCAGAACUGGCAGAUAUUGUGCCUUUUGAGAUUCUUCGCCGUGACCGAGAAAAGGCCAACUAUUUGCUCACCAGCGAGGCUCGGAUUGUCGCAAUGACAACGACCCACGCUGCCAUUCGACGCGGCGAGAUUGCUUCACUGGGAUUCCGGUAUGAGAACGUCGUCAUGGAAGAGGCUGCUCAGAUCACCGAGCUGGAAACAUUUCUGCCUCUUGCCAUGCAAAAGCCGGUUGGCAAGGAGAUGCCCUUGAAACGGGUCGUGUUAUGUGGCGAUCACUUUCAGAAUUCACCCAUUAUACAAAGUCUGGCGUUCCGCCAUUUUGCCAACCUCGAGCAAUCACUCUUUUCCCGGCUGAUUCGUCUUGGGGUUCCAGCAAUCAUUCUCGAUCAGCAAGGUCGCGCCCGUCCGUCGAUCGCGAAGCUGUACCAGUGGCGCUACCCCAAGCUUGAAAACCUGCCACAUGUGCAAAAUGAGCCCGAGUUCGUCAGAGCCAACGCGGGCUUCAAAUACGACUACCAAUUUAUCAGUGUGCCCAGCUACAAAGGGCGAGGAGAGUCGGAACCAACGCCACAUUUUAUUCAAAAUCUUGGUGAGGCGGAGUAUGCUGUGGCCAUCUACCAGUAUAUGCGCUUGCUAGGGUAUCCGGCAGAGAGAAUAAGUAUUCUAACAACAUAUGCUGGACAGCGCGCCCUGGUCAAGGACGUGCUUGCUUACCGUUGCGGUCGAAACCCGAUUUUCGGUCUACCAAAAGCUGUUGCUACAGUCGACAAGUAUCAAGGCGAACAAAACGACUAUAUUAUAUUGUCCCUCACUCGAACGUCUCGUGUAGGUUACCUACGCGAUGUGCGACGAAUGACAGUCGCAGUUUCGCGGGCCCGAUUGGGAUUAUAUGUGCUCGGUCGCCGCGAAGUGUUUGAAGCCUGCCCUGAGCUUCGGCCCGCGUUUGACCUCCUGCUUGAGCGAUCGGAUAAACUGAUGCUUGUGACGGGAGAAAUGUGGCCCACGGAGAGAAGGGACGUGGAAGGCAGUACUGCGGUGGAAGGAGAAGUAGCCAUGGAGAGCGUCGAGCAUUUAGGACAGUACGUCUUCGAGAUGACCAACACCAAGGUGAAACGGGAGCAGGGGCAAGAAGCGGAACGGGAAAUGGAAUUGUUGGAGACUAUUCCUGAGGGAGUAGACGAAGAGGAGGCACAAACCACGCAUUACGAGUACGACGAAGAAGCCGUAGAGCCAGAUAUUUUGGAAGUAAGGGAAGGUGAGAGCAAGAACUGA